AUGGUCAAUAAAUGCUACUCGUGCGACUUCCACCGCCAGGACUGCACCUUCACUCUCAGUCGACCCAACACCGCGGACCUGCAAUCCAAAAAGAGGAAGCUAGAGGAUCCCGUUGCGGAGGAGGUGGAAUCCGCCAAGAGACAACAACAAGAACAACACCAACCACAACAACUACAACUACAACUACAUCAACCUCAACCUCAACAUCAACAUCACCAGCAACUACCAACCCUGUCACAACAAGAAGCAGCCCUUUCGCCUGUCUCCAAAACAGAUGUCGCCCGCUCGCCAGUAAAUGGUCACAACCAAUUGAUCCCAUCCGGGUACUGGUCCCAGUCGGCCCAGUAUAUUGGCAUGACCACUGAAUUAGAGCCGGCUCUACUCGAACAUCUUCCGCUGGACCAGAACGACGAAGGCAUCGUAGCAUCCACCCGCGUCCGGAAAAUCGGUGACGACGGCACCUUCAUGCGCGUCGUCGACCCUUCGUCCCAAGCGGACGCCCCAUCAUUCACUUCCCUCGAUGCCAUCGAGAGCCUGGUUGCUCCCUAUGGCUCCACCUUGGUGGAGAAGUACUUUGAAAGCAUCCACCCCGUGUUUCCCAUCCUGAUGGAAGAUGCCUUCCGCCAAUCGUACCGGACCCGACAGGGCCUGUCCCCGCUCCUGUUGUCCGCCGUGUAUGUGUUGGCCUUAAAGUUUGUGGACGUCGGCCCUGCCUCACAGUCGGUCCGACGCCCGGAUGUCGGCCGGCUCGAGAGCACCGCGCUCAAACUCCUGCUCGAGUCUCUGCCCUAUGCGACGAUCUCGACCAUCCAAGCCGGCCUGCUUCUGAUGGAAAAGUCUACGCUGGCGACAGCCGCCUUGAACGCCCAGCUGGUCACCGCGGGGUUCGAGCUGGGACUCCACCAGGACUGCAGCGACUGGAAUAUGGAGACCUGGGAGAAGGGACUCCGGAAACGUCUGGCAUGGGCGCUCUACAUGCAGGACAAGUGGUCCGCGCUUGUCCAUGGCCGCCCCUCACACAUCUUUGCCUUUAACUGGACGGUCAAAGACUUGGUGGAACAGGAUUUCACCGACGCCUUCCACACGGAUACUACCUCCGACUCGCAGCAGGAGGACUCGCCCGUCGGGCAUGGCCCGCUCUACUUCUGCCACAUGGUGGCAUUGACGACGAUUCUGUCGGACAUCUUGGACCGCUUCUACACGCUCCAAGCCAUCGAGGAGUUCAAAGCGGCUGGCGGCAACCGGACGCGAAUGAUUCUCGAGCGGGCCAAACCGGCCCAGAUCCGGCUGAAGGAAUGGUUCGCAUCGCUGCCUCCGACUCUGAAGAUGGACUCGAGCAUCGACCUCUUCGACACUGUUGCCGAAGACACGGCGCGCAACGGGCCGCUGCAUCUGUCUUACUUCGCCACCGAGAUCACCUUGCACCGCUGCAUCAUCCGGUCCCUCACGUCGAACACGGCCGACGCCUACCUCUCGCACAUCUGCCGCUCGGCCGCCAAGACGCGGCUCAUCUCCGCCAUGGACUUCAUCAACCGGCUGCGCCAGUCCCACCUCCGCUCCUUCUGGCCUGCCGCAUCCCGCACCAACUUCUCCCUGAUCGGCUCCUUCGGCAUCCUCCUGCGCAUUACGGCGCCGACCAAGGAGGAGGCCGAGUUCUACCGCCUCCGGCUCUGCGAGUAUCGCUGGACGCUGGGGGUCAGCCGCAAGGACGCCGAGUUCCUCGACUUCGCGCUGGAGAGCCUGGACAACGCCACCAAUCUCGACCGCCAUGUGCCCGCCAAACCGGCCAUCGACGAGUUGAUGACCAGCGCCGCCAAGCCCAUCAUCAACACGGCGCGUCUGUCCGCGACGCAGCUUGACGAGUCCAUGUUGGAGAUGGAGGCCGCGCCGGACAGCGGUCGCGGCGGUACCUCGUCGGUCAUUUCCGGGCUGGCCUCACCGGCCACCUCGAUCAGCGACGAGAGUAUCCAGGAUGAUAUGACGCCUCUCUAA